AAUAAUACUGGUAAUAACAGCAGUUCAUAUUUCCCGAUUCACUAACUAGCUGUUUAUACGUGUUUGUGUUAUCCUGUUGUCGGUAUCACGAGCUGCUAUUGAUCAGUCCUUUUCGGUAUUCGAGCAUCAUUAGAAAAAGUUGCCCUAAAAAUCGUCUUUAAUUGCAAGCUUUUCUAGACUUGAAUAGUAGCUGUUUGUGCAGUCUAGGAUGUGCAACCUGUUUACAACUCUGAUUCCGGAUGUACAAUCCAGAGAAUGUAUGGACUCAAUGGAUCAGUCGAUACUCCGCUAAGCGUUUGAAUUAAGAGCUAGUCGAUGCGAAUUUCGUUAUAAAUAUUAAUGCUGGGAUUCAGGUAUAUUAACUUAAUGAGUCUCAAACAGUAUGAAACGCGUGUACUCAACCCCACUGUUAGUAACUAUUCAUCGAAAAACUCUUGGUUAGUGAUGUGACUAGUUUCUCUGUUACCAAUGACACUCAGCUAUCAAAAAAUAGUGAGUAACGUUAAUCAUUCGUAUUAUUUAUUAUAUGGGUAGUGAAACAUUUCUGUUUGAAGACAUUUUCAUGUUACAAAUUCAGGUGUAUGUGACUGGAUAGACGUCGAAAACUGCUCUUAAAUAUAAUUCACAAUAUAUAUUCAUUUAAAGAAAAAGACCAGAUAUGAUAAAGGUACUUCAAAACAAACUAAAAAAAUCGUCAAUUAGUAGAUAAUCUUUCAUUCACAGUUUUGAAGUUCGAGAACACUAUGUCUAACAAUGACUGAAUGUCAUACUAAAUUUCAGUGCAUUUAAAUAGCUUUUGCUCAUCUUAUAAAUUAACUAUACUGUACAAUAUGUUUAACUUUUAUGAGAGUUUAUGAAUUAAGUUAAACUACUCACUAUAAUUAGAUGUAAUGUAUAUUCUUUGUUUGUAACUUCUCUGCAUACCUAUCAUGACAUAUUCAACUAUAAAACCCACAUCAUAUGACAAGUAUCAACAAGCAUUUUGCCACUAUGAUUAUUGUCUGGUUUAGAUACAAAUUGUAUCGUAAUGUUCAGUAGCCUUUAUUGGACAUUAUACUACAAUUGUGCUUUGAAAUAUCAUUAUCAUAAAUUUGCUUAUAACAGUCUACACAAUACAUAUACAUACAAAUGAUUGGUUAAUAUGAAGGUCAUUUGAAGACAACUAAUCAUAUUUAAAGUUAUAGAUUAACUACAAACCAAUCAGGUAUCUUCUUUGUAGAAUCAACAUUGAACAUAUUUCAUUUUAACUGUUAUUCACCAACAAAAUGUUUUCUUCAAUUAAUUUGAAUUUAGGCCCAUAAAUUCAUUAGAACAAAGUGGUUUACCAGAGGGUAAUCAAAUAAAAAUUCAAAAUAAAUCAUUUUCCGGGAAACUACCUAGAACAAUCAAUUAUUCAUUUAAUCUACAUCAUAAUAAUAAACAAGUCGAAAAUACCAUAUUAAAUAAUAAUAUUAUUAUUCAAAAAGAAAAUAACAGUGAAGAGAGUUAUCCACAAAUGUCAAUUAGAGAAAGGAUUGCUUGUAUUCAACAGAAUACUUUAAAUUGGAGAGAGCGCGUUGAAAAAGAAGAACCAAAUGUAGAUAGAUCAUGUGAUCUCAAUAAAAUUCGAUUAUCAUUAGUUGAGAAACAAGAAUCUUGGAAACAACGUGUUGAUUAUAAAAAUGAUUAUGAUUUUCCAAUAUUUGAACGAAAUAAAAAAACAAAUGACUAUACUAGUCUAGAACCUCUUCCAUCGAAAUGUCCUCAUUCACAAGAUCUAACAACAAACACAUCGAAAUGUUUACCAGUUGAACCAAUAAUACGCAAUACUAGCAAAGAAAAUCGUUCAGAAGUCAAACAUCAAGAAUCAUUUACGACAGCCGAUCCCAUCAAUAAACCUACUACCAUAACGAAGCCAAACCCACUUGUUAGACAGGCAAUUCAUAUUUCCAAAAAUGUUAGCGUACCUACUAUGGAAGAUAAAGAAUUAACAGAUUUCUUCACCAGUAAAACGACUAUAGAAACAACUAGUGCAGUUGGACCAGUUAAGCUUCCGACUUUGCCUUCGCAACCAAAUAAAGAUUUGAACAACGUGUAUGAAAGGAUAGCUGAUGCACGACGUGCUGCUAGACCAGAAAAACGUAAACCUCCACGGGACUUAAAAAAUCCUUUAAAAGCUUUAGAACAGAGAGAAAACAUAAAAUCGAACUAUGAAGAAAUUCGUACACCUUUGGAAGCUAUUUCAACAGAUCAAGAAUCUGGUAAACAUAUCACACCGUUUAAAACAUUAUUACGUACAGUGGAUCCAUCUGUUAGAACUGACCUAGAUUUUGCUGCAAAAAACUCAAUUCUAACUGAUUCAGCUAAAGCUGGUCUCGCAUGCUCUGAAGACAUAAAUGAGGCUAAAGGUAAUCUACGUUCAGUUCAAGAAGGACAAUCUCUUCGUAACUCAUCAACCCAAAAACAACUUUUACCUUACAAACCAAUCAUGUUGUUGCAUAUCAAAGGUCGACGUCAUGUUCAAGUUCGUUUAGUUGCCCCUUCAGCCAAAUCUAUGAAUUCCGGUGACUGUUUUAUUCUUAUCACAACUGAUUCAGUAUUCGCUUGGUUUGGUGAAUCCGCCAAUAUUGUUGAAGUGAAUAAAACUCGAGAGUUAGCAUCAUGGAUUCACAAAAAGCAUGAAUUGUCAUAUACUGGGAAUUUAGGGGAAGCAGCACAAAAUUUCGGUGAUGGUUAUAUUGCAAUACAUGAAAAUACUGAUUCUUACAAUGUUGCUGGCUGUUUGGAUAAUGAGAAUCAUAAUAAUACAACUGGUAGUUCUAAUCAGCACUAUUCUUCAGCUUUAAAGUUUUGGAAAGCUCUAGGUUAUAAUUCACCACAAAUGGUUCAUCACGCUGGACCACCUGAAGAAGACGAACGCUAUGAACUAAUGAUUCAGCACACCAAUCGUGUGUAUCGUGUUACUUUAGAUGGCUUAAUACCAUGUGAAGAGUGUUGGGGUAACCCAGUGAAAUAUCAUAUCUUACAAUCAGAUCAGGCAUUCGUUUUUGACUUUGGAUCUGAAAUGUAUUUAUGGACCGGUAAACAAAUUACUUCUGAACUCCGUCAAGCUGGUAUUGAAUUAGUUCAUAAGGCAUACAACAUGAAUUAUGAUUUUGGUCAGUGUAAAUUAAACCCACUGGAUCCAUUAAACUCACACACCAGUGAUAUAUUAGCUUCUGGAUCCAAACGACCAGAAUGGACUUUAUUAGGCAAAGUAACGGAUAGAGGUGAAACAGUCUUAUUUAAAGAGAAAUUCUUUGAUUGGCCUGAUACUUCAAGAAUUCAAAUAAAAUCAUUGAAACCUGGAAAAUCAAUCUCCACGGAGAGUUCUCCUGCUAUAGCUUCAUUGACUAUGGAACCAUAUCCAGCUAAUGAACUCUAUGAAACUGCAAUUAAUAAUCCACCACCUCCUCCAAAUCUACUAACACUUGAAGGACGUUACAUUGGUCGUGGUGGUAAAGUAUUUCGUUAUGAAGAUGGUAUAAUAAGACAGUUUUGGGUAGAAACAAAUGAACUUCGUGUAUGGCAUAUUUCCGAAUUUGCUAGGUACGAAAUACCUUUAACAAGUCAUGGACAAUUUCAUAGAGAAGAUACAUAUGUCAUCAGAUGGUCAUAUAAAAUUGCUUAUACCAGUUUACAAAAUAGCAAUAAACGUCCAACUGAAAAUGUUCGUGAACAUUGUGCUUAUUUCUAUUGGCAAGGAUCACGAAGUAAAAUAACAGAAAAAGGGGCAGCUGCAUUAAUGACUAUUGAAUUAGAUGAAGAAAGAGGUCCACAGAUAAGAGUGAUCGAAGGAAGAGAACCACCAGUAUUUUGUUAUCUAUUUAACGGUCGAAUGAUUACGCAUGAAGGAAAAAGAACUGCACUAAAAGAAUUCACUACACGUAUGUUCAUUGUCCGUGGUGAAGUUAUGGAAGAAGGUCAUCUCAUUGAAGUUCCAGUUCAGUUAAAUUCAUUACGUCCACAAGGUGUCUUAUUAUUAGUGCAAUAUACCAAAUAUCCAAUGACAGAUUCUGCUGAAAUUAUUAGAGCAUUUUGUUGGAUUGGUCAGUUAGUACCACCUAGUUAUUUAACAACAGCAAAAUAUGUUCUCAACCAAUUAAAGAAAUGUUGUCCACCAGAACUUGGCAAACAAUUAAAUCUGAUUUAUGAAAUUCAUCAACAUGAUAAAAAUGAACUAUCUAAAGAAUUUUUAAAUAUACUCAAUUCUGAAGAUCAAUUAUCGAGUCCAUUAUGCUUAGAUUCAAUAAAAUCUCAUAGUCGAAUGGCUAUCUGGCAAUUUACACACCAUAAAGGACGCAAACUAGGUGUGGAACGAUUAAAUUAUACUCUUCAGCCAGAUCCGGCAAGUUUACCAUUUGAUGAGACAUUGAUCAAAACUAAUACUAAUAGUGUAUCACCAUCAUCACAAUCUACUGAAGGAGUUACUGAACGAUUUUUAGCAUCACAAAACUUAAUAACUGUCCACUUAUCUCAGUCUCUUAUAGAGCCAGCUUUUCCAUUCCUACUUGGAGAUUUAUACUCUGUACCACAACCAUCCCUGUUUCUCAUCAUAACUCAAAUACCGUCUGUUUACAUUUGGGAAGGAUGGUGGCCUAUAUCUACUUUAACAAGAUCUCGAUUUAUGUCACAAAAGUUAUCGAGAUCUUUUUCAACUUAUAGCAAGUCUCCUUCUAUUCCGGGAGAUCAAACAGAUGAUUAUAGAUGGAGUACAUCAUUAGAUGAAUGUUUUGAAUUUAGUCCACAAAAUUCAGCCGAUGGAUCUUUUGAUUUUGAAGAAAAUGAACAACCAGCUUUGACAGGAACAGGUCGUGCUCGAUUUUGUGCCGUACGCAAAGCUGCAAUGCAUACCGCUAAAGCUCUAGCAGAUAAAUUAGGUACAAAAGCUUAUUUAAUCUACGCUGGCUUAGAACCACCGGAAUUUUUAGUUUUAUUCCCUCCUUAUGUUAGAUCGACAGAUGCAAUAGCUUAUCAUCAAUUCGAAGAUGGUAAAACUGAUGGUCAAAAAGAUUUAAUUGACAGUUUACUAUCAUCAUAUACCUUGGCUUCAUAUACAUUGAGUGAUCUUCAACAACGUCCUCUCCCCCCUGAAUUGGAUGCAACCUGUUUAGAAACGUAUUUAGAUGAUAAGACCUUCGAAGAAAUAUUUUCAAUGUCUAGAGAAGAUUUCAAUAAAUUACCAAUAUGGAAACAGGCAGAAAUGAAAAAGUUUUCAGGUUUAUUCUAACUGAAUUCUCGACUUGUUUAAAUUAUUCAAAUAUAUGUGUACGCAUAUAAAUGUAUAAGCCCAUGCACAAUCUCACAUAAAGAUAUACACAUAUCAUUACAACAUUCACAGUAUUAUAUUGAAUUGCAUCAUAAACACAUAAAGACGAAGAGAUUCUUUGAGUUACAUAUUAUUAUUUCACAUUUUUGUGAAUACAUAUACCAGAUAAUACAUAUAAUUGUAUAAAUACAAUACCAUCAAACAAUCCCGGAAGUGAUGACCUUGAAUUUAUCGAAUAUUAUCAUACCCUCUGGAAUGUAAACCAACUUUAGUUUGAAAAAACAAGAUUCAUAUACAUAUACAUAGAUACCUAUAUAUAGACAUUUUUAUCUCAUUGACUGACUUAAUUUUGCUACUAUUUGAAAGGUAUAAACUUAUUUUAUGCAACUAUUUUUUAUACACUAUGGCUACUUGUGAAAUAAAAAGAGUUAUAGGCUGAUUCAUGUUACUACUAUCAUUAUUAUUACCACUGUUAUUACUAACUAUGUAACUGCAUAAAACAUAAUUUUCAUCAUUCAGUUUGUUUAUUUUUCUCACACUUAUCCAUUGUCCAUAUUUAUGAAUGCCUUAUUCUCAACUUCAAUAUACUAUGCAUGUAUUAAACACUUUAUAUGAUCUAUCAUCCAUUCUGUGUUAGGGUUAAAAACAGAAUACUCGAAUAGGUAAAUUCGUUAUUGGCUUUCAACAGUGAUAUACCAUCUUCUUUCUUUUUUUCUUUAAUUCAAACAAACAAAAACCUAUUACUCAUACAUAGAGAUAGAUCUAAAACAUAAUAUAAAUAAAAUCAAUGACACAAUCAUAAGAAUUCAUUUGCAUAACUUUCAUAUUCAUUGUCUUUCAUAGUUUAUGUACAACAUAAAUAUAUAUAGAUAGGUAAACACAUUCAGUUUUAGUUUGUUUGUAUUGUUUAUAUCAUUCUAUGCCUUUCUAUCAAUCAAGAGAUAUUGACAUUUCAGCUACUUUUGUUCUGUAUUCUUCUUCUUCUACUGCUACUACUCCUUCAAUGAAUAUCAAUUACAAGAGAAGUAUAUUGAAGUUUAUAAAAAAAAGAUAAAAAAUAUCAUUAUAACUAAUCAUAAUUGUGCCUUUGUCACUAUACUUACCAUUAUAUCGAUUACUAUUAUUAUUAUUAAUGUUGUUUUCAUUGUCAAUGUUUAUCUGCCACUAAUUUGUUUCAGAUCAUUUAAUAAACUGAAUUAUUUUCAUCAUAAUUAAUAAACAUUUACUUCUGUUACAAAAUAGAUUUUCAUAGUUAUUUUCAGUUGUGUAAGAUAAUCGAAUUUU